AUGGCUUCCAACAAGAUCAUCUUCUUCCUUUUAUCCUCUCUCUUUCUCUUUCAGGCUGUUUCUGCCGUUGAGUACACCGUCACGAACGAUGCGAUCGGAACCCCUGGCGGUAUCUGUUUUGACAACGAAAUCGGAGCGGAUUACAGCCGGCAGAUAUUGGCAGCUGCCACUAAUUUGAUUUGGAACAUUUUCCGACAAAGCUCCGAUGAUGAUCGGAAGAAUGUGCAGAAGGUCAGCCUGUUCAUCGAUAGAGACUAUGAUGGAGUGGCGUUUGCUAGCAACGACGAGAUUCAUGUCGGUGCUGACUAUAUUGCUAACUAUGACGGGGACUUGAAGAAGGAAAUAACAGGAGUGCUAUACCACGAAAUGACCCAUAUUUGGCAAUGGAACGGGAACCCAAGUGCACCGGGCGGGCUGAUCGAAGGGAUCGCGGACUACGUACGGCUGAAGUCGGGGUAUAUUCCGGGGCACUGGGUGGGGCCGGGCGGCGGGAGUAGGUGGGACCAAGGCUACGACGUGACGGCCAGAUUUUUGGACUAUUUAGAGGGGUUGAGAAGUGGGUUCGUUGCAGAGCUGAACCGGAGGCUCAAAAAUGGCUACUCCGCCGAUUACUUCCUGCAGUUGCUCGGAAAGCCGGUGGAUCAGCUCUGGGCAGAUUACAAGGCCGCGUUCGGAAAUUAG